GCAGUUUGAAAAUGGCCGACGACUCGGACGCAGCUUCGAGGGGAAAGACGUCGUCGACCGAAGACGUCUCGAAUUCAGAUUCAAAAGAUCGCAAUAGCGAUGGAAACUACUUGCAUGUGGAUAGUAGUGAUAUUGCUCAAACAAUUAGCCGUACCCGCCGAAGUAGUUUAAUUAAAGACCCGAAUAAGAGAGCUAUGAAGAAAAAGACUGUCUCAUUUAGUUCAAUGCCAAACGAGCGAUCGGUAACGAAUGCACCCGACUGUUUAAAGAGGAUGCAAGAGGGAACUCAUCUGAUUAAAGUGCGGGCAAAUUCUAGACAUUAUAAUCGUAUAUUUCAAUUGGAUUCAAAGAUGCAGGAGAUCUGCUGGAGACCUUCGACAAAGAAGCCAAGUAAAGCGAAAAUUCUAGUGAAAGACAUCAAAGAGAUACGCGUCGGUAAGAAUACGGCUAACUACGGGGAAUCGUGUUCGUUUACAAUUGUAUACGGAGAGAAUUUUGAAACUAUGGAUCUAGCAGCGUCAACACCGGACGAAGCCUGUAUAUGGGUUACUGGAUUGACUUGUCUAAUAAAUGGCAAACCGGAAGAGGUUGUCGACGAUAGGCAACAAAUGCGUGACGAGUGGCUUCAGGAAGUUUUCGACACAAAUGCCGAGGAAGGCCAUUUGGAUGCUGACGUAGUGAUGAGAAUAGUUCAAGACUUGAAUUCUUCGCUGCCGGACGGUAAAGUAAAGUUGAAAUUGAAAGAAUAUUUGAAUAAGAAGAAUGGUUCUAGCGGAGGACGAAUUAGUAGUAAGGAAUACUCAAACAACGCAGAUAGCCUGACUGUAGAUGACUUGAUGCUUUUUUUGGAAGCGGAACAAGGUAUAGCGCACGUGACUAAGGAACAAUGCCUAGAGAUCAUCAAUAAAUAUGAACCAACGAAGGAAGGACGCCGACUAGGCCGUUUGGGAAUUGAUGGCUUUACGGCGCAUUUACUAUCGAAUGAUUGUAGUUUAUUAGUAGAAGAGGAACGUCGAGUGUGCCAAGAUAUGACACAACCAUUGAGCCAUUAUUUUAUAUCGACGUCGCAUAAUACCUACCUAUUAGAGGAUCAAUUACGUGGUCCGUCAUCGGUUGAUGGUUACGCUAGAGCGUUAAGGAAAGGUUGUCGUUGCUUGGAAAUGCAUUGCUGGGAUGGUGUUGAAGGAGAACCAAUUAUUUUUCAUGGACAUACACUUACUCCAAAAAUCUCUUUUUCUGAAGUCAUAAAAAAAAUCAACGAACUGGCGUUCGAAAAGUCGGAAUAUCCUCUGAUAUUACAUAUAGAAAAUCAUUGCAGUAUCGGGCAGCAAAAGUUAAUGGCUUCGACCAUAACUGAUGUAUUCGGGUCAAAAUUAUACACGAAUUCGACGGAUAAUUUAACCAAGAUGCCCUCUCCGGAGGAAUUACGCGGAAAGAUAUUAAUACAAACUAAAAAGCUACCCGAUGGAUCUGAAGAGAACGAUUUUGUAACUGAUGAAGAAGAAUUUCACGAUCAGUCAUCUUCCGACCGUUCUAAGCGUUCGAAAAGAGAAAGCGCUAAAAAACGUUUACUAGCUAAGGAAUUAUCAGAUUUGGUUUCCAUCAGUAGAACUGUACGUUUCUAUGACUUCGAAACUUCUAAUGCAAAACAACAAUGGUACGAAGUUUGUUCCAUGAGCGAAAGUUCAGCUUUGAAAUUAUCAAAUCAUUCUGCCGACCAUUUUGUUAAUCAUAACAAGAAAUUCUUGACAAGAGUGUUUCCAAACGGUAGCCGAAUUGAUUCUAGCAAUUACAACCCGCAGGACAUGUGGAAUAGCGGAUGUCAAUUAGUGGCGCUUAAUUUCCAAACCACCGGCACGAUGAUGGAUUUAAACGAUGGAAAAUUUUUGCAGAAUGGAGGUUGCGGUUACGUUUUAAAGCCUGGCAUAAUGAGAGAGCAAUUGGCCUAUUUUAAUGCAAAUGCCAAGGACGCUACGGCUGGUAUUGCACCAAAGAUUUUAAGAUUACGCAUAAUCAGUGGACAAUAUUUGCCUAAACCUAGUAAAACGCUAGCUAAAGGAAAUGUAAUUGAUCCAUACGUUCAAGUUGAAGUAUUCGGUAUUCCGGCCGAUUGUGCUGAAAGAAAUACGAAGACCGUUCCCCAAACGGAUAAUCCCGUUUUCGACGAAAUAUUCGAAUUUCAAAUUAAUUUACCGGAAAUGGCUCUAGUAAGAUUUACCGUUUUAGACGAUGAAAGCAUUGGCGACGAAUUUAUAGGUCAAUAUACGAUACCUUUCUUAUGUAUGCGUACCGGGUAUAGGCAUAUCAAGUUAUUGUCUCACGCUGGGGAGGAGCUGCCAAAUUCCACAUUAUUUGUACACGUCCACAUAACAAAUCAUAGUCGAUAUUGUUCUAAGAGAAGGUCCAGAAAGAAGAAGGACUAUACAACUGUUAAACAUAUUGGUGUAAAAACGAUUGACGAUGCAUUUAAAGCAGCGGUUAAUCCAAUGAAAGAGGCGACUGACCUUCGAGACAACGUUCAAUUUGCUCUAGUCGUUUUACGAGAACAAUGCGGCCUCUCUCCAACAGCUAGCAUAAAACAAUGCGUUCGAAUUUUAUCUCGGACCAUGACAUCCUGUAAUGCAACACCUCCUCCAAGUCCAGCUUUGACGGAAGAUUCGACACCUACGAUUGUCUCGCCGUCACCUUCAGCCGUCUCAUUAGCAUUGGUAAUUAAAGAUGAUUUCCCUGGAUUCGAAACGCAGGGUAAUUUACCCGAUAUAUUGAAGAAAAGACUAUCUGCAUUUGAAAAUCUCAUUAAUCAUUGCAAACAAUUAAUGGCCAAUUGCGAACGCAUACGAAACUCAAUUAUUCAAGUUAAACUUCGAGAUAUGGAAUGUCACGAACAAUUGCGUAAUACUUUAGAACAGCAUAAUCUUAAAGGAAAAAAGCUUAAUAAGGCUGCCGACAAUAUCGUAUGGAAUAAUCGAGUACUACAAGGACAGGUCGACUUAAUUGACCAAUCGAAGGAUAACUGCGCGGAAUAUAUACAACAGAUUCAAGAUUCAGCUAGUUCAAUUGGCUUAACUAAGUUAAAUAAUGUAUCUCCCGUCAUAAAUGGUGCUGGCCCGGAUAACAAUCAGCUUCCUUUGCCUCCCUCUUAG